AUGUUAAAUUCGGCAGAGCGUAACUACUCUCAAUUGGACAAGGAGGGGUUAGCCAUCAUGUUUGGAGUGAAACGAUUCCACCAGUACGUAUACACAUACGGUAGGAAGUUCACAAUAGUAACCGACCACAAGCCGCUUCUGGGGCUCCUCGGGGAGUCCAAGGCCAUUCCGCAGAUGGCCUCGCCGAGGGUACAAAGAUGGGCCAUUACCCUCUCUGCGUACAUAUACAAGCUGGUAUAUAAACCCGGAUCCGCUAAUUCAAAUGCGGACGCACUGAGUCGCCUUCCAAGAAGCACAACGACCACCGAGCCUGAGUUACCAACAGAAAUUCUGUCGAUGUUCAACAUCUUGCAGAGAACCCCUGUCACACCGAAGCGAGUUCGCGAGUGGACAGCACAUGACAGAGUUUUAUCACGUGUCCGGAAACAUGUGAUGUCCGGAUGGGGACAUUCUUGCGAAGAUGAAGAAUUGAAGCCGUACUUCAGUAGGAGACAUGAACUCAGCGUUCAAGAUGGAUGUGUCUUGUGGGGUACCCGGGUCGUCAUCCCCACUAAGGGUCGGGAACAGAUCUUAGAUGAGAUACAUGACACUCAUCCUGGAAUCGUAAGAAUGAAAGCCAUCGCGCGUGGAAUAGUCUGGUGGCCGAAACUAGACUCUGAACUGGAACGGAAGGUGAAGCAAUGCUCCGUUUGUCAGCAAUAUCAGCGCCUUCCACCGCGAUCUCCCGUACAUCCAUGGGAGUACCCGAGUGUUCCAUGGGAGAGAAUUCACAUCGAUUUUGCCGGUCCGUUCGAAUGA